AUGGCCAUCGCAAUCAACCAUUUGGAGCCCCAGGUUCAAGGGAAGCUGCCACCUCAACUUGAGUUGAACCUGAAGAAUGUGAGUGCAAUGACCUUGAGAAAUGGAAAGAAAGUCCAAGAACCCGAACCGGUGAUUCCUAAGGACAAGGACGAGGAACGAAUCGAGAAAGAGUUGGAAGAGGAGGGCAGAGACAACAAAGAUAAAAUGGUACUUCCGGAUCUGAUUACUAGAGUUAAAACUAAUCCACCUUCCUUUCCUAGCAUGCUAGAAAAACCAAAGAAACAGGACAAGGAGAAAGAGGUCUUGGAGAUCUUUCGCACGGUAGAGAUUAAUAUGCCCCUACUGGAUGCGAUUAAACAAGUGCCUAGAUAUGCGAAGUUUUUGAGGGACUUGUGUGUCAAUCGAAGGAUCGGUAAUACCUUGAUUGAAAAGGUUAUGUUAGAUGUAGGAGUAUCAAUUAAUGUCAUGGCAAAGUCCAUAUAUGCUUCUUUGAACUUAGGUCCUUUGAAAGAAAUUGGAAUAAUAAUCCAACUGACUGACCGAACCAAUGCAUACCCUGACGGGUUGAUUGAAGACGUUUUGGUUAAAAUUAAUGAAUUAGUAUUCCCCGCUGAUUUUUAUGUGCUUGACAUGGAUGAUGAACACUCCCACGACCCAUCACCUUUAUUGUUAGGUAGAACCUUUUUGAGCACAACUCGAACCAAAAUUUAUGUUAAUAAGGGUACUUUGUCUAUGAAAUUUGAUGGGCAGAUUGUGCAUUUUAAUAUCUUUGAAACCAUGAAAUAUCUUUCAGAAUCACAUGUUGGCUCUGUUUUCUCUAUAAAUGUUAUUGACCCUGCUGUACAAGAAGUUUUUGAAAUUGAAGACAGGGAUGAGUUGGAAGUCGCCUUGACUAGGCACUUCGAGUCAGAAGUUACUUUUAUACUAUUUUAA